AUGGAGAAUAAGCACGUUGGCCUCCCCAUAGAAGGAGAUUUGACUGGCAGGCGUGAGGAGAAAUUAAGUUACGACAUAUCGUCAACGGAGGCUAAAUUCAUCGGAAAGGGGGAAUCGCUUCCGCCCGACGAGGAUGGAGGCUUCGAAAGUGGUCAAGUGGUGAGCACUGCCGCUGAUCUGGUCACCCACAUCAUCAGGGUAGAGGAUGAUCCAACCCUCAACCCUUGGAGUUUUCGCAUGGUUUUCCUUGGAGCCGGAUUAUCUGUCUUCGGUGGUGUGUUGCAGGAGAUCUUUUACUUCAAGCCGCAGACUAUCUAUGUUUCGCAGGUCUUCCUUACUGUCAUCGCUUAUGUCUUAGGAGAGUUCAUGGCCUAUGCCAUUCCCCGUCGCGGCUUGAUCGGACGCCUGCUGAAUCCUGGGCCGUUUAAUGCCAAAGAACAUGCUGCUAUCGCCCUCAUGUCCUCGGCUGCCACUCAGUCCGCAUUGGCUACUGAGGCGCUUUCGGCCCAGCAGCUCUUCUACGGUGGCUAUCCUAACCAUGCAGCGGCUGUCUUCAUUGUGCUCUCGUCUCAGUUGAUCGGAUUCGGUAUAGCGGGUCUUCUGCGCGACGUGAUCGUGCGCCCUACUAAGAUGAUCUGGCCCAUGACCUUGCCUAUUAGCAGUCUACUCGAGUCCAUGCACAAAGACAAGCAGGAAGCCAAGGCUCGUCUGAAGAUUUUCUACAUCUUCUUUUUCAUACUCUUCGUUUGGACUAUCAUUCCUGAAUACAUCUUCCCCGUCCUGGAGGGUGUCUCCAUUUUCUGCUUGGCGAACCAACACAGCUUGGUAUUCACCAAUCUAUUCGGUGGCGCUUCCGGGAACGAAGGCCUGGGAUUCCUCUCCCUUUGUUUUGACUGGAACUAUAUCGCGUCUCUUGGCUCGCCACUCUGGUAUCCGUUGUAUGCCAUGACCAAUAACUUCAUCGGUUACAUAGGCUGUAUUAUCCUCUUCAUGGGCGUCUACUACGGCAAUAUCUGGCGCUCCCAGGACUUUCCGUUUCUGUCCCAAUUGCUCUACUAUGGAGACUCUAACUCUACUUACUACCAUGAAUACAACCAAACUCUUAUCCUCAGCGCAGACUAUACUGUGGAUCCGCGAGCCCUGCAGGAGCAAGGUCUGCCCUGGCUGACUGGCACUUACGUCGCCUACCUUAUCACUUCGAACAUGGGCUUGACUGCCACAUUGACACACAUGUUGCUCUGGAACUUCGAGGAUAUCAAGGUUGGUUGGGCGUGGGCUGCACCAAGCAGGCUUAAGAAGUGGCUGAAGCCCGAGACGUACAAGUUCUGGGCGAAUCAGGAGACCCCAGAAGAGCGGUUGCAACGUCGCAUUAAUGAUGAGUCUCUUGACCCGCACUACCGUCUUAUGUUGCGCAACUUAUACUAUGACACUCCGCUCUGGUGGUGGGGAGCAGUACUCAUCGGUAGCUUUGCCGUCGGCCUAGGCUGUCUAUAUGCCAUGAAAUCCACUCUUCCAUGGUGGGGAUUCAUCGUCGCCAAUAUGCUCACCCUUCUGUUCAUGCUCUUCUUCGGGGCCCAGUAUGGGCUUACUGGGUUCCAAUUUAACGUACAGCCAAUCUGUCAGAUGUUGGCUGGUUAUAUGUUUCCAGGCAGGCCUUUAGCCAAUCUCUACUUCACCUGCUUCACAUAUAACUCUCUCCAGCAGGGACAGGUCUUGGCAAAAGAUCUACGACUUGCACAGCAGGUCCACUUAUCGCCACGAUGUACUUUUUUCGUUCAAGUUAUGGGGUGCAUCAUCGGGGCCCUGUUCAACUAUGUUAUGAUGUUGAUCAUUGUACGAAACCAAGCAGAUGUCUUGCUUUCCAUUGAUGGAACCAAUAUUUGGAGCGGUGCCAAUGUUCAGAUAAGUCUGACCUCUCAUUACCAAUUUAACAGUCUUGCCAUUGCCUGGAGUAUCGCCAAGGACAUGUUCUCCAUUGGUGGUCGGUACCAGUGGGUGACUAUCUCCUACCUGAUCGGCUUCGUCGUUCCCGUGCCAUUCUGGCUGGCAAACCGCUACUACCCCUGCCGCAUCCUCUCCUACCUCAAUACGUCUAUCAUUUUGUGGUACAUGGGCUGGCUUUUCGUUGGCAUCAAUGCGUCCAUCAUGACCUACUUCCUUCUCGGCUUUGCUGCGCAGUUCUGGCUGCGUCGCUACCACCCCCAACUCUUCAACAAGUAUAAUUACAUUGUCUCCGCUGCCCUAGAUGGAGGAACGCAGAUCUGCGUUUUCAUCCUCACCUUUGCUGUGUUCGGAGGUAGUGGUACUGAGUAUCCUUUCCCCUACUGGGCCGGUAAUCCGAAUACGGAUAUUCAUAACUUGGAUUAUUGCAAGGUGAAUCCGGCGACGCUUUAG